AUGAACCCGAGGACCUCGACUGCUCGCGGCGACGAUUCCCGAACUCGACUCUCAACGAUCUCAACGCCCGUGCCAGCAGCGGCAGCACCGACAGCGGCAGCGGCUGCGACUGCACCGUCGUCAAUGUCGUCGUACGACGGUCCAGCAGUGAUGCACAUCGUAUCGCACACCCACACACCCUCACUCUCAUCCGAUAGUCGGCGUGGUUCCUCGUCCGGCGCAGCAAGCGGAUCCGAAGACUCGUAUACGAUGCCCGCCUCGGUGUCCAUCGCGGAUCCCAGCAGCAUGACGAUCCCGUCGUCGCCUCCGCUCGCUGAUUCGCAGGCAUGGAGCGACUGGUACGGAGAAGGCAACUGGCACCCCUCAAUCGCGCCUCCCAUCCCCGCCAGUCUGCACGACCUCAUCCACGACCCUGUUACGUUCCCUACAUCGCCUCAGCUUGAUCUCGACGAUGUACUCGGUCCCGAGGUCGACCGAGCCGCUGCAGUUUCGACGGGUGAACACGCUCGGGAGGAAGUGUCUCGGACGGGCACCGCGCCGCGAUUCCGACACCCCGACGGCGGCGCCGGCGCCGGCGAAGCUGAUGUUGACCCUGAAAUUCAAGAGGGAAAGGACGUCUUGGUCGGCCUGGAUGCUUCGAUAGGAGCAGGGAUGGCAAGGACCGGUAGCUACAACGAUGACGACCCCCACCCUGGUUCGUCGCUGUCCAUCGUAGCCAGCUCUCCUUCCCUUUCUACGGACGACGGUCGGUCAAGUUUAUCGUCGCUCGGCGUCAACUCGAUAGCGUCGGGCGAUAUGUCCGACAUCAUCAAGCAGUUCCGGACUCGGGGUUACUUGCCGGGCCCGAAAAGUCGGCACGAGGAGGAGCGCAUGCGCAUCGUCCAAAGGUACGAUCUCGAGUCGCCGAAACGACGAGCCGCGGUCGACCGCAUCUGUCGCAUCGCCAAAGCCUACUUCAACACACAUACCAUCAUCAUCACCCUGGUCUUUGAGGGCCACACCGUCUUUGCGGCCGAAGCGGGGUUUGACCCUGAUGGCGACCCGAGUCUCGAAACGCCCGUGCGCAAGAUGCCGAUCGACACUUCGCUGUGCACGCACAACCUGGCUCGGAUCAGGGACCGGGAGGUUAUGAUUGUACCGGACCUAAGUAAAGAUUGGCGCUUCCGCAACAACGUCAGUCACCAAGCUUUGAGAGUGAUCUUGUGGCGGGACGAGACCGACCCUAGAGCCCAAAAUGCUGACUCGAAUAUGCCCUGCAUCCACACAGCCUCAAUCGAUUGCCUCUGGUGGUAGACUGGCCUUUUACGCAGGUGCCGCCAUUCAUUUGCCGACGACCUCAGACUCCCCCGAUGCACCUCGAACCCUCCCUGUCGGAUCGAUCUGCGUCUUGUCCGACAAGCCACGGGCGGCGAAUGACUUCAGCGAGGACGACCAGCAGGUCUUAAAAGACCUCAGUUCGCUCGUUGCCGAACAGUUCACUUUGGGCUAUGAACAGCUCCGUCGCGAUCGAGAACGCCAGCAGACCGAGUUCCUGGGCACCUUCCUCGAGACCACGCUCGUGCAACCCCUCAACUCGAGCGCACGAUUGCGUGCCGCGGACGCCUCAUCCUCGGCGCCGGUAACCGUCGCAUCACUGCCUUCGGCCGCCGCGCAGACACUUGGGCAGUCCUUCCAAAUGGCGGCUCACGAGAUGCGAGGCUUGACGGGGGCGACAUGCACGGCCAUCGUUGACUUGAGGACAUUUCGGCUGCCGCACCCGCAGCAAAUGGUCGAUGUCUCCGACUUGGAUGAUGAUGCCGUCGAUGCACUGGGCAGCAUUUGUAUGCUCGCUAGCGAUGGGGACGUCGAUUGGGACGAACUAGUCGCUAAUCGACACCUCGAAGUGGCCCGGGCGGUGAUCAAGACCGUGCGAGUGUGGCGACAAGACGGCUUGACCGACUUCAUUGGUGCCGAGCAAUCGCCUUUUGCUCCCCUGCUGCCCAGAAACGUGACGGCCACCACGAUCGUACCUGUGGCCGAACUCGAUGGUAUCGUUGCAUUCAUGCUCAUCUUCACAUCAUCGAGCCCGCAUUUCGUUUUUGAAAAGGCCGACCGGAAGUUUGCUUGCAACGUGGGCUCGGUUCUCGCGUCGGCCCUGCUGCGGGAACGGGCGCUCUUGGCGGAUCGGGCCAAAUUGGCGUUCGUCUCCCAAGUUUCGCACGAGCUUCGAACGCCACUCUUCGCCGUGGCCUCCCAACUCGAGCUGCUGCGCGAAUUCUCGACCCCCCAAGAGUUGAAGAAGAUCAGCCCCAUGCUCGACGUGGCCGACGUUUGUCUUGAAUCACUGCGAGACGUGCUCGACGAUACCUUGGACGUGGCCAAAUUCUCCAACUCGACGAGCGAGAUGACGGCGCACCAACGCUCGGCCCUGGCCCGAACGGAUUUGGCACGACUGGCCGCCGAGGUUUCGCAGGCGUGCUUCAUUCGCAAGCGGCGCUCGGAUUAUGUUACAAAGGAUCAGAUCCUGGUCCAGAACGACCUGACCCAACGGCGGCCAGACGUCGCCUCGACGACGGUCGAAUUGAUCCUCGAGGUCGAAGAACGUGAGGCGGGGUGGGAGGCGAUGAUCGACGUCGGUGGCAUGAAGCGCGUGCUGUUGAAUCUCUUGGGCAAUUCGCUCAAGUUUACCGAGGAAGGCUACGUCAAAAUCUCGCUUCGAGAAGUGAGCAGUCCGACUGUGCGGGCCAACGAUGAUGACUCGAAGAGCGUGGUCGUCAUUAAGGUAGAGGACACUGGCUGCGGCAUGAGCGAGGAGUUCGUGCGAUCGGGCUCCAUCUUCACACCAUUUGUACAAGAGAACCCGUUUCGCAAUGGCGCUGGACUGGGCAUGUCGAUUUGCGAGACCAUCAUCAAGAGAAUGGGCGGUAAGAUCGACAUCGUCUCUGCGCUUGGACAGGGCACGAGCAUCCGCAUCACGUUGCCCGUCGACUUUGCCUCGACCACGACCAGUCCUGGUUCGCCGACGACGCCUCGGUCCAAGCUCAGUUCUGCCGAGACCCCCUUGGCGUCUCGCUUCGUCACGAACCCUUUCGCUCCUCGACCUCGGCCCGCAUCAAGUCGCACGUCGCCGACGAUAACAUCCGGUUCGGCCCGCUUCGAUGUGGAACCGUUGACCUUACAUUCGGACGCGACCCGCGGGCAUGAUUCCGAUUCGACGAAGCCGAUGCGCAGACGGGUCAUCAGUGAAGAGUUGUUGGCCUUGUUCAACCCUGGUUCGCAACUUGCAGCAACGCCGUUCGAGGAACGCCCCGAGUACGACUUUUCCGCGGCCGUCAGCGCGGCGCAACAAGCGCUCAGUCAGACGGCGUUGAAACGGAUCCCGUCGAUGAAACGGAGAAAGACGACCUCGUCGGUGACGACGGACAAGUCGACGAGUAUUGACCUCGUCGACGAGGUGGCCAAGUUGUCGAUCGCGGCGCAGACACCGCCACCGAAGGAGGAGAGCAAAUCGUCUUUGUUCUUCAAUGACAUGAGGUUGAACGCACAGUCGGUCACCGAUGACGAUGGACAACGGCGGCGGACCGAGUCGGCGGCGGCAACCACGUCGCUGGACCAGACCGUGCCGGCGAUGCAGGGCCCCAAGUUGAAGGUCCUGUACGCCGACGAUAAUGUCAUCGCGAGGAACAUCUUGUCCAAGCUGUUGUCUGGUAAGGGCGUUGCUCACGUCGCGGCCGUCGAUGGACUGGACGCGGUGCGCAAGUUUGAAACGGAGGGGCCGUUCCACCUGUUGCUCUUGGACGUGCAGGUAAGUCAGCUUUAGAUGGCCCUCCCCAUCACUUGGGUGUUCCCGAGCUGACAUGCGUUCGGACGAUGUAGAUGCCCAACAAGGACGGGAUCGAAGCCGCUUUCGACAUCCGUCGGAUCGAAAAGGAGCAAGCGCUCGCGCCAAGCCGGAUUAUCGCCUUGUCCGGUCUGUCGAACGAAGCUGACAUGAGGAAGGCGGGCUGCUUGGACAACGUCGCGGGUCCGGUCGACCAUUGGAUCGUCAAGGGGAAUCGAUCGUUGAGGCAGGUCAUGACGGAGGUGAUGGCGCAGAAGGAGGUGAUCGAGGAAGGUGCAGUCCCUUCACCUACGAUCUCGGAUCCUUCCAGUUCGAGGUCAUCAUCAUGA